AUGGCCCAUCCGGGUCAGUGCAAGGACGAGGCAUCGGGACUUGAGAAGGUGGUUCUCAGACAGGCUGGCGGCGCGACAGCGGAGGUGUUUUUCCACGGCGGACACGUCACCUCGUGGAAGCACGACGGCAAGGAGGAGAACCUCUUCAUGAGCAGCAAGGCGAUCUUCAAGCCACCCAAGGCAAUCCGGGGCGGCAUUCCAGUCUGCUUCCCUCAGUUCGGCCCCAUGGGACCGUUGGAUCAGCACGGCUAUGCUAGGAACAGAUCCUGGUCGUUGGAUCCUGCUUCUCCCAACUCGGACCCUGCCUCUCUUGACCUUCUUCUCACGCCCUCACCUGAAGACAUGCGCCUCUGGCCGCACAGCUUUGAGCUGCGAAUGAAGGUGGCGUUGGGAAGAGGAGGCGAGCUGCUGUCGUCCAUGCGUGUGCUCAACACCGACAGCAAGGCGCUCUCCUUUACCUGCGCCUUGCACACAUACUUCCGCGUCUCAGACAUCAGCGAGGUGCGCAUAGAGGGGCUGGAGACGUUGGAUUAUUUCGACAACCUGGAUGCUCUCAAGAGAGUGACGGACCAAGGGGACUCCAUCACGUUCGACUCAGAGUUUGACAGAAUAUACUUGAAUACGCCAGCAAAGGUUGCUAUAGUGGACCACGCAAUAAAGAAGACGUACCUCGUCAAGAAGGAUGGAUUCCUUGAUGCAGUGGUAUGGAAUCCGUGGGAGAAGAAGGCAAGGGCCAUGAGCGACAUGGGAGAGGGCGAGUACAAGCGAUUCGUGUGUGUGGAGGCAGCAGCAAUCGAGAAGCCGGUGCAGCUGAAGCCGGGGGAGGAGUGGCGAGCCGGUCAAGAGCUGUCAGUGGUGCCUUCGUCGUACCACAGUGGACAGUUGGACCCUACCGUGGUUACAAGGGGUUAUUAG